GGUGGGGGGAGGGGGGAACGCGAGCCGCCGGUGCGGUGUCGGCAUCGACGCCGGGAAGAGCGGGAGCCUCAUUCCCCGACUAUGUUCCAGCCGGGUCCACGUUUUUCGGCGACUCGUCAAGCUUGAUCACGUGCUCGCGCUCAUGGCAGCCUGUCUGGCCGUUCCCUGCCACCCAAGACUGAUGGGGAUCGUGUGGUUGCUGUGGCUCGUGUCAGCACCCGCUGCCCUCGCUCAAAGGAAGUACGGAACUGUUGGAGAUCUCGACAAACUGGAUAAGCUGCUCAGCAAGUACGAUAGGCGGGCGAUGCCGACGGGACACUUGGGAGGAGCAACCAACGUGUCUUGCGAGAUCUACAUCAGGAGCUUUGGCUCAAUCAACCCAGCGACAAUGGAUUACGAGGUGGACCUGUACCUGCGCCAGCGGUGGCACGACGACCGCUUCGAGCAAAGCGGCAUCACCGGUCCGCUGGACUUGAACGACCCGAAGCUGGUGCAAAGGAUCUGGAAGCCCGAGGUGUUUUUCGCCAACGCCAAGCACGCCGAGUUCCAGUACGUGACAGUGCCCAACGUCCUGGUGCGGAUCAGCCCUUCGGGGGACAUCCUGUACAUGCUCAGGCUCAAGCUAACCUUCUCCUGCAUGAUGGACCUCUACCGGUAUCCACUCGACGCACAAGUCUGCACGAUCGAGCUGGCUUCCUUUUCCAAAACAAAGGACGAACUUCAGCUACACUGGUCUGGGAUUGCGCCUGUGAUUCUAUACGAAAACAUGAAGCUACCUCAGUUCGAAAUUGAAAAUGUGACCACUUCGCUGUGCAAUGAGACAUUCCACAUUGGAGAGUACAGCUGCCUCAAAGCUGAGUUCUUCCUUCAGCGCUCCAUCGGUUACCACCUGGUUCAGUCCUACCUGCCGACCAUCUUGAUCGUAGUGAUCUCGUGGGUAUCCUUCUGGCUGGACGUGGAGGCCAUACCGGCCCGGAUCACCUUGGGAGUCACCACACUACUCACCAUCUCGUCCAAGGGAGCAGGCAUCCAGGGAAACCUUCCUCCGGUGUCCUACGUCAAGGCCAUUGACGUCUGGAUGGGCGCCUGCACAAUGUUCGUGUUCGCAGCUCUGCUCGAGUUCACCUUCGUCAAUUACCUCUGGAGAAAACUUCCCUCCUGCGCGGUUACACCACCACCUGUUUCAGACAGAAAAAUAUCUGUGUUGAUGCCUGGGAAGACGUGCAACGGCAGCAUGGUGCAGUGCAGCCCGACUCCCGCUGACGUGGACGUGCCUGCGCAGACGUCGCCGGGCUCUGCCGGGGCCAAGAACCACCACAAGAUACAAGCAAAAAGAAUCGAUCAGAUGUGCAGAAUCGCGUUUCCUAUGGCCUUCGUCGCCUUCAGCAUUGUCUAUUGGCCCUACUACUUGCUGUGAUGGGGUCGUCACCGGCAAUGUCGACGGAGACUGUCAGGUCUACGGAUUCUGAGGUUCUUAGUUUUAAGACCCUUUGUUCGGGCCAUUUUCAUCCGACCCGAGCAGACUGGCGAAGUAUUGUUGGUACCAGGCGGAAAGUGGAGUUGUUAUUUACUUGUUGUUUCUACAGGGCUAGUCGCUAAUUUGGCUAAAUGUAUUUUGUAGGUUAUCUGCGUUGUGCUGUGCUGUCUUAAUUUCGCACUCUGGAAGCAGUGAAAAUGUCACAGUAUCAAGUUUUAUAGUAUAGUUGCACAUUCGUGAUUUUUGUGAUAACGAAAGUGCUUACGGAUUAUCCCUUUUUUUUUCCUGUUGCUACUUAUUUCAUAUAAAUUGUAUAUUAUCUAUUCGCUAAGUUUUGAUUAGCUUUAAAAAAGCACAAACAGAAGUUACAUUAUUAAUAAUAAUUUUGUCAAAAAAGGGUAAAAAUGAAAUUAUAUUAAGGGCAACCUAACUCGAAUGUAUAAACGCGUUGGGCACGCAAGGGAAAAAAAUAAUUAAAAAUACAAAACCGAGGUCAGAAGUUUAGCUUACCAGCGGCUCUCCCAACGCUGUGAGCGAAGAAGUCGGUUGCCGUGCAGUCGUGAGUAAUAGCUAAAAGGUGAACAGUUUUACUUGAAAUAAUACAACGCACAUAAAUAAAAGUCUGGAAUUUCAUCGAAUAAUAUAUUGCUUUGCCGUAUACAAAAUGCUCAAGUAUAAAAAAAUUCAAUUUCUGCCCUAAGAUCUUGAUUUCUGCAUGUGUUCAUUCUUUUAAGACACCUGAAUAUAAUAGAGCCGUAAUCAUGCAGUGGUACAAAAAAAAAGGUAUCGAGUGUUGGUUCUUGUUUUGUGGCGGUUUCCUAGUUUAAAGACGUGUUGAAGCCCACACGUCGUCCUGAAAUAUAGUAUGAUACAUCUGUGUCAAAAUAACCGGCUCAGGUUACAAUUUAGGUCUUGACAGCAGUUUCACAAUUGCUAAAUCAAAUAAAAUAAAAUGAAUUUCAUUUGCAGUCAUAUGGUUGAAAAAGGCACAUGAUAACAAGCAAUUGACGUUAAAAGCAGCUCAACAGCAGGUCUGAGCCCCCAUGCAGCUUUUAGCAGGAUAUUAAAGCGAAGUGAAAAAACACAAACAGAUAGCGCAGCAAACCUACAUAAAUAAAGCAAGGUUUGUCACUUUAUACAAGCGAUAAAUUUGAAGAACUUUAUGGAUGAAAAAAUGCAGACAAAAUAAAAAGUAAUCAUUAAAUAUAUAAAACUAAGACAGAGAUUAUGCCAUGCCACAGAUUAGUCAUUUAGACAUGUGAAGCACUAGAGUAUCAGCAAGAAGCCAAAUUAUUAAGUUUCGCUCUCAAGUCGUGUAUUUACUGAGAAGAACCAACGAACUAUGACCCGCACCAUAAGAUUAGUCAGAAGGAACGUUACCUCAGGGACUCCGAAAAUUACUUGGACUGUUUCACUUCCCGUUACUACGCACUAAAAGUGACAUGCUGUGCGUAUUUUUUAUAACUCGUAAGAUAUGCCUCAUGCCGCUUAUUUUUUACAGUCUUGUUAUUGUCUAUGAUUGUAAAAAAUAGAGGAAGCCCUCAGCACCCAAAAUCUUCACCGGCGUGUUUGUACGGAAAACAGUACCAGGUGCUGAAACCAACAAGAUUAAUAUAUAGGCCUUUAUGGGCCGUGUCUUGUUAAAAAUUUGGGCAUGCCUUAUGGCCGCGGUCAUUACUUUAUGGAGUUUUUUUUCUCUCUACCUGAUAGCCACGUCGUUAUAAACUUGAAAUGUAGCGGGCAUUGUAUCCUUCACACCAGCUCACGAAAGAUAAGAAAUUUCAAAAACUGCUGUCUAGGAAAUUGGCCUAGCGAAUGAAAUGUUCUGUUUUUCUCAGCUUUAAACAAAAAAACGACAAGAUGAUUUGAAUUUACACCAGAACGUUUUGAUGUCCCACUCAUUUUUUCGCUUCAGACCACAAAUGUUCACUGUAUGCCUUUGGACCGGUUGUUAGCACGCGGGAUUUCUCUAUUGUUACGGGGUGUAGAUCAUGACUCAGACUCGAACCCUACUCUGUGCGCCCACUAAAAGUUUUACGUAAAAUCCUCAACUAUACAUCGACGUUUACUGCAUAUGAAACCACAAGAAGAAACUGAACCAAGCUCACAAAGUUUAUAGCAGCUGCAUUGGGUUAGGUUAGUUUCUCUUUGAACAAUAGGCCGUAGAUUUUCCGGCUUUUAUUCAACAAGAAAAUCGGCGGAUGUUUCUCGGUGUCUAUUCACUUUUAAGAUAACAGUGUAUUUCGGUGAUAUGCCUCCAAUUGUCACUAAAACAGUAAAUAUCGAUAAAACAAAUUCUUUAAAAAUCUAAGGAUUAUAGCUUAAAAGUGGAAGGUUUCAUCAAAGAUAGUCCUAAUAGGGGCAAAAUUUUAAAGAAAUUAGUAUUUCACGAUUUUAACCAGUAUUGUAUUUUUGACUCCAAAGGAUGCUUAUCGGUGUCAUUCGGUUUUAACCGAUUGUGUUUUCUUGAGACCGACAGAUGUUUAUCGAUGUUUUUUUCGCUUAAAUUUGGAAGGUCGGCUGUCAAAUUAAAAACAAACAUUUAGAUCAUCUUACAUUUGAAGGCAUGUCUUCAAUUCUGUGCCUAAAACACGCGUAGAACUCAGCAUAACGACAACCAAAUUACCGUGAAUACCUACAACUUGUAUAUAUAAUGAUUCACUCUCCUCGUGUAUAAGCGCACAGAAUCUGUUCUUCAUGGCUCUAUGUGCGUUCAGAGCGACCAAUACUCUUUUCUGCCAUUCACAUGUGCUUAUUGGUGGAUUUGUACUUUCAUUACUCGAUGAAAUGUGUCCAUCGGUACACAUUAUUCUUUGAUUAAUGAAAAAUUAUAUUUUCUUUGUCUUUUGCAUUUGGACGAGCCGCCUUUGUGAUUUUGAUGCGUAGCGCCGUCCUAUGUAUUAAUUUUGACGUAUUCCAUUCGGUGCCUGCCAUUUGAAAAAGAACAUGUUGAAGUAAAACUCCGUAGAAGCCAGAUUUAUGUGGCAUUCAAAAAGUUUCACAUGCGGUUUAAUUUUAUUGAAAGUUAUUCGCUGGGCCCAGCCACAUUUGCUUUGUUAGUUUCACUGAUAAUUGCUAUAAACAUAGGCAGAUGAGCGUGCUUAAUAAAUAUGAUAAGAGGCAUAAAAAUGCAGUCUAUAAAAGCAAGACACAAAACAAAAGAACAACGGACAGCUUUCAACUUGCAGGUUUCAUUUGUCCUUCUCUGCUGUCGUCUUUUUUGGCGAGAUCUGCUUCAACGACAUGUUCACUCGCUCACUUCCUGACAGAGUCUUCUCAAUGUAUUCUGCACGAACCUUUCUUCCUAAGCGGUUAAAGAGGUUUGUGUCUCACGUUGUUCUUGAUUCCGUGAAUGCGAGAAGAGAGUCGAUGACCUUUCGUCUCAUGCUAUGGAGAAGUUUGCUUCGUCAAUAACUGCAUUUAUUUAUUUAUUUAUUUAUUUAUUUAUUUAGUGCUGCUGUCCACCCUUUACAAGGCCUUUACAGGAGCGGUAAUGCAUACAAGAUGUAAACGAACAAUCAUGCACUGACACUCUAAAAAAAGUGAUGCACGCGGAAGAAUAAAAAAUCAAAGGAAAUACAUUCAAAACACAAAGUCUCGGCACAUUCUCAAGCAGUAUACUCUUUAUACUUUUAACAAAGUCACAAACACUUGUCAUAGUGACGACGGAAUUCGGGAGUUGAUUACAUUCCUCUAUUGCCCUAGGAAAGAAACUAAAUUUAAAGCAAUAAUUUUUGACAGAUGGUUCCCUGAUGUGUGCAUGCUAUGACGAUGUCUCGUACAUUAACAGACGCGCACGUCCAUGUAAUUAUUUUGUGUAGCUUAACUAGACAAUGAAUGGUCAUAAAAGGAAUUUCAGGCGGACGCACUUUGUUCUCAAUUCAAGAGAAGGAAGUUCAGUAAGUUUGAAGAGUUUGGUGUAGAAAUGGUUCCGAUUAUAUUUAUUAAAGAUAAACCUGGAAGCAAGCCGCUGGAUUUCAUGAAGUUUGGACGAGUUCGCUACGGUAUCUGGAUCCCACACUACUUUUGCAUGUUCAAGGACAGGUCUCACCAGUGUUUUGUAAGCUAAUGUUUUUUCUUCUGGCGGAGCGCUAGCAAGAUUUCUUCUGAGGUACCAUAGUGCCUGGUUAGCUUUUGUGGACACUUUUUUCCCUGUGGGUAUUCCAUCCGAAGUCCCUUGCAACGGUCACUCCUAAAUACUUAUUUUCGUCUACACUAGGUAGAUUGUUGUCAUCUAUAAAGUAAUCAUAAUUUGGGAAAUGUUUUUUUCUUGUUAUAGACAAAAAGGUAUUAGAAUAUUUGCGUUCAGCUAUUUUGUACAAAGGACUAAACUUUAAACACAAACUCUCAGUCCCCGCUCAAACAUUUACUGCGUCAGCGCAUUCGUCACCAAGCAUCAAGAUAUCAAAAUAUAAAUGAAUUUCGACCAAAAUGUCGAGAAGGAUGGGUUUAAUUCUUGCGAAUGGAAGUACAUGCCUAUUCGAUAAACGCUUCCCAAAGUUCUUCAAUAUAGCUGUAUUACUUAUAUGCAAAAGAGCGAAUGCUAAACAAGUGGCAGCGCCCAAGGCCAUCUGAAUUUUGCCACAUAAUUAGGGAGGUGGUGAUCCCCAGUAAGGGAGACACAAAGUUAUGCAGAAUUUGUGUUUUUCAGGAAAAUGCAAAGCAGUUAAACGCUCUGCUAAUUACGUUGCGCAUUACUCUUUAAUGCAAGUAAGCCAGCUAAGUAAGUCGAGAAAUUUAUAUAAACUAAACCCUGGCACUACUAUUCUAAAUUGCACUGCAGAAUAGCUCUUUUAGAAACCGCGCACGCUCGUUUCAAAGAGAUCAGCAUCUCUGCAACCCAAAUGUAAUCUCGCUUCUGAAUAAAUACGAAGACGAUAAAGAUUGCAAAGCUCAAUGCCGUCGCACCGUUUAGCUUUCGCGAAUGCCCACAUUCAGGAUGAAGGAGGGAAGGAAAGAAAAAGGGUCGUUUUCUUUACUAAAAAAACAGAGCUAAGAAGCAGAAAAUAAAAACAAAGUAACUUUCUUAUGCGUAAAAAAGCGGGCUUUUUUCUUAAUGUAGGGCUGACUAUGCUCAAUUUCGUGAGCUUUCUUGUUUAACGAUUGAUUGCAAAUGGUGCAUACCGCAAAUUAACGAUGGGAAUGUUCACCCUGUCAUGAGUAUUGGUUGGCUGAUAAGUGCGCGCUAGAAAAAGCUUCUAACGUUUUGAUUUUCUGUCAUCACAGCUGUUGUUUCAAGCGGGUGUUAGGUUACUUAGGCCGUUAAUAAUACGCGCAACAAUGUUAUUUACACAUCUUUUAGAGGUAGUUCUGAGCCCUGUUCAGCGUCAAAUCUUGAUAUUGUUUGUUAUCGUAUGGUUACAAGCAGGUUGUUGCAUAUCGGACCAUGCAAAUAUGGUAAAAAGGUUGCACGUUUCAUGCCAGUAUUAAUAACCUGUAAGUCAAAUAAAAGUUAAGACAUUUCAACUGGUGUGGUUUGAUAAUUUUAUUAAAUCCUCAAUUCCCCGCAAGUACAGCACAUUAUGCUUAUGGCAGGUAACCUACGCGCUCUG